AUGGACGAAGACGAAGCCGUGAAUUCGACGAGUGAGAACAGUGUGUCCGGGAAUAUCACAUCCGAACUCCUGAGUUUCCUCGGUCAAGACAAGGAGAAUGCGAGACCUCGACCGAAGCGGAAUAACGUGCAGAAGAGAGCCGACGCGAGAAAAAGUACAAUUAAGGACUCCAUGCGAAUCCUGGACACCCAAAAGAGAUCUGUGAAACAAGAGUCGACUUCGGAGAUUGACUUUUUGACGAGCUCGACGAAUGGCUCGGACUCCCUGCGAUCGAGACGCAUCGAAGCGAACGCCAGGGAACGUUCACGAGUCCACACAAUCGGAGCAGCCUUCGAAGCUCUGAGGCAAUGCGUUCCAUCUAACUGUGAUCAACAAAAAUUAUCGAAGCUUGCCAUUCUGCGAAUAGCGGCAGCUUAUAUCAGGGCUCUGUCGUCCCUGCUAGAGGAAAAACCCAUGGAUUUCGCUCUCGGGGUCGAGCAAUGUACACAGGCACUCUUGCUGGACGGCAUUCGGAGCAAGUAUCCGAAAUCUGUGUCUUAGCCCUUUCCCAAACGUUCGCGAAACCUGCCAAAUCUCGUGGCAUAUG